CAAACCUCAAAUUUUGUUCCUCUGGUAACCUAUAAAAAAACAUUGCUAUGACACCAAAAACAUUGCUAUGCCUCAUUACAGAAAUGUGUAUUUUUCUGGGGGUAGUUUUUAUCUACUUCUGUUACCAUAUUUUUCCAAAAGCGGGUAUCUAUGAGGUUCGUGAUUAUAAAGAUUAUCUCAAACGUGAAUGGCAGGUAGGAAUGUCGACGACGAAUGGCGAAUCGUUCAACCGAAGUCUUCAUGGACAGCUGGAUAAUUUUUUCAACUCCGUGCCAACGUUCGUGGACAAGCAAUUUCAGCCCUGCUUGGACACGUUUCAACAUGUUGAGAAAUACCGACGAAGGACCAAUUUUCGUUCUGGGCCAUUACCAAAAAUUUUCGUUGUUUCUGCACGUCGUUUGUCGGAUCCCUUUUGGAUCGAAUCUUUGAAACAUUUCACCGACAGUGAAUGUCCAUUGCAAUGCACUUUUACUGACAACGAACUUGAGCUAAAUAGAAGCGAUGCAGUUUUGGUCGUAUUAAGUUUCUUCAAAAAAGUGGAUGUUUUGAAAUCAAAACUACCUACCAGAGAUCCAGCUCAGCCUUGGAUUGCGCUCUCAGUUGAAUCACCAAUUAAUUUAUCAUUUGAUACGGCUGAUCUAUCUGGAUUAAAUGGCAUUUUCAACCGCACAAUGACCUACCGGCAGGCUUCUGAUAUAACCUUCUCACACGGUUUCGUUGUCUCAAAAGCAAAAGCUAAGUUUCUUCCGCCGUCGUGGGUGAUGCGAACUCCGGAACUUGAAGAAAUUCCAUUUGAAAGAAGAAAGCUAGCAGUGGCGUUCAUUUCGCAUUGCUCACCACCAAGCGGUAGAAUGAAUUAUAUCCGAGAGUUACAGCUGCACAUGGAAGUUGAUGUCUUUGGAAAAUGUGGUAACUUUACUUGUGGUUCUUCCAGAUAUGUGAUUAAGCCGGUGGAAGUUCAAAAUGAUGAGUGUCUAAAAUUGGCCAGAGAAUACUUGUUUUACUUGAGUUUCGAAAAUAGUAUUUGUGAUGAUUACGUUACUGAAAAGCUUUACAAUAUCUUGUACUAUCCUGUAGUACCUAUUGUUUUCGGAGGUGCAAAUUACUCGAAUUUAUUGCCGCAAAAUUCAUUUAUAAAUGCAUUAAAUUAUAACCCAAAGCAGCUUGCAUCACUUUUGAAAACAUUAUCCCAAAAUAAGACAAGUUAUAAUGAAAUGCUAUCAUGGCGCAAUCAUUAUCAAGUUUCAACAGUGGGACCUCGUCGUAUUUAUUGCGAUCUCUGCACCAAACUGCAUCAGUCGGAACUAACAUCAUAUAAAGUUUAUGAUGACUUAUACGACUGGUUCGCCGUACAAUCGUACUGCAAGGCAUAUGCUCAUGGAAAGAUUAUCCGUUACAUCAGCAUCUGAAAAAUCCGUGAUGAUGAACCCACUACAAACUAGGAACUAUACCACGCGCGCUGGAUAUGGACCACGCGUUAGUAAAUGGUGCAGUGGGCUUAGCAAGUUUUACUUCCGAAACAAUUACAGGAAGAACUUUGAAUCUUGUGGUCUUUUAUUCUGUAACGUUUGUUUUCUUUCUGUAACGUAUGUUUGUUCUGGAACUUUGUCUUUUAGUGUUGAUUGCGUUGUUAUUAACUUAAUAAAAUUCAGGGUGCGCCUAAGCUUCUGUCCAGCUAGGCGUCGCUACUCUCGGAUUAAAGUUGUUUUGGGUCUGCUCGGCCAUCCGAUCGAAAUCAGCUUCUGGUCAGAAUCUCCAUUCCAACUUUAAAGUCGCCUGCGAGUAUAACAAUUAAAGGUUAGCCGAGCAUAGUCAUUCCCAGUUAGCAAGCUCCCAGAGGCUGCCCUUCAAACCCAGAGCGGAAGCAGACAAAGAGCGGCUGAUUUAGCCCUUUCUCGGGUAAGUUACCAUAUAUGGUAAUUAAAAUGGGAGUAAAAAAAGGCCCCAUACGUCACCCACAUUGCUUUGGGCAGCCCGCCAACAAGCUCCAACCAAUCACAGAUCGUGUACGAGUUACGUCAUGUAUGACGUAACGCUCUGGCGCAUUUCGGGCUAGAAAAACGGCAUUUCGGUCCCUCAUCGUAUUCACUGUAGCAGCUCUAGCCCACGAACUGUAGGCAAGUCCAUGAUAGUUGCGAGUAUCAUAGCUAAAAACUUGCUCUAUCGACUAAUUAUGAUGCCAUUUACUUGAAGCCAAUGCAAGAUGGUGAAUUAAGAUGGCAAAAAAUAGUGUGAUCAUAUAUGUGCAUACGCCCGCCAAUGCUUAGAGAUAGAAGUGACUAUGUUUGGACAUAUGCCCGCUAGAGGUAAAUUUCUACAGCGCUUGGUAUUAUUUAUUAUACUAUUGAUGAGCAGAAGUAGAAAAGUUCAGUUUGCGGGACACAAAUUCUGUUGUUGAUCAAUAUAUAUCCAAAUACAGCACUGGCUAUUUUUCCCUCUCCAAAAUUAUCUCAAAUUAUAAAUGUUCAUACAUAAUCGUUGGCCCUGAAGAGAGGCUUGUUGCGAUUGCGGUGCCUUCAUGUCUUUGCUGCUUGAAAGUUCUUGAACCUGUCACAAUUGCAACAAAGGAUAACUUAGAUACAAAUAUAAAUUCAUCACAUUUGUUAUUUGUAAAUGAUCAUAUCUUUUGCUCUUUGCUCAUCUAUGCCUGAUGACCAAUGAAAUAUGUUACAUUCUUUUAUUUGUAUAUCCAGUUCCAUUAAUGGGAUUGUUGCAAUUUUUGUAACAGCGUUUAAUUCUCUAGUUUGUAAGGUCAGGAUUUGUGUUUUGAUAAAUCUUGGCUAGAACUUUUUUCCUUCCACUUACUCGAGAAUUACCUUUUUAAAAAUACCUUGGCAUGUCCACAACAUUCACUGACGUUGCAAGGUUCUGUGUUAUACACGUGGAACGUCGUGCUAUAAACACCAGCUGUUAGUGUAUUUAGUGGUAUAACUGAACAUGAAUAUAGUCUCCAUCAGCAGAGAAAUAUUCAUUUAUAAGCAUUAACUACAUUAGAGAUGGAAAACAGGAACUAAGUAAAAAGAUCAUUGGAGAUUAAAAUUACGUUAAAAUCACGUUAUUGUAAUUUCUAAUGGCUUUGCAGCAACUUGAGAAAUUGUUUGUUUUAAAAACCUUUUGGAGCGGAUUCAUUAGGCAGGUGUCCGCUUCAAGAAAUCAUUAUUGGAUAACAAGUUUGUCAAUGAUAGACCCAACAAUCUUGUAAUGUGAUCAGUUGGGGUGAUACGAUUUAAUACUUUCUCGGUUCAAAUCCCUGUUAUUAUUCUAUGUCAACAUAAUUACUAUGAGUUUACUUUGAGUUGAA